AAAUACCGUUUCAUUUGACAUGAUUGAGAAGUUCGUGAAAAUUCGCUCAAUUUGAAUGUUUUAAAUUUGGUUUUGCUAACAUUAAAAUGGAUGAAUUGGAAAUAAUGUGGGAUGAAAGUCCACCUGAAAGGAACGUGUAUGGAGUUUUAAGUGCAAACAUAUAUAAUUUUAAUCAGAAAAAUCAGAAAAAUAAGAAUAAAAAUGUUUCAUCUCAAAAACACGAAGUUUCUCACAAUCUCAAAGUUGAAUUUAAAAACAAUUCAUUGAAUCGUUUUAGUGCUUCUUCCAGAAAUGAUGAACUGCAGGUUGCAACUCCGGAAUCUGGAGAAAAUGGCGGAAAUAGAUUAAAUUUACCUACAAAAAAUUUAUGUAUUGGUGGCACUGAAAAGAAGGAAGUAUUGCAGCCCAUCGAUUGGGAAACUCUAAAUAGAAAUGUUGAAGAAUAUAAAAGGUUACAGUGGGCGCAUCUUCCAAAGCUGAGAAAAAAUUUUUAUCAAGAAGCCGAGGAAAUCGCUAUUAUGACAGAGGAAGAAGUCAAUGAAAUGCGUUUAGUAAACAACAAUAUAAUGGUUUCACGUUUGAAAACAAGUGAAGACCAAUUGUGUCUUGAUAUACCAAAACCUAUUUACAAAUUCGAACACUCUUUCAAAGAUUAUCCUGAUAUACUUGAUGAGUUGAAGAAACAAAACUUUACGGAACCAUCACCUAUACAAAAGCAAGCAUGGCCUAUAUUAUUGAGAGGCGAGGAUAUGAUAGGUAUUGCUCAAACAGGAACUGGAAAAACUUUAGCAUUUCUGCUUCCUGCCUUGAUUCAUACUGAUGGACAGACUACACCACGUACGGAACGCAAUGGUCCAAAUAUAUUAAUUUUAGCUCCAACACGCGAAUUAGCACAGCAAAUAGCAAAAGAAGUUAAUAAGUACUCGUUCCGUGGAAUAAAAGCUGUAUGCAUUUAUGGUGGUGGAAGUCGUCGUGAGCAGAUCAGAGAUUUCAAAGAAGGAGCUGAAUGCAUAAUUUGCACCCCUGGACGUCUUAAUGAUUUGGUUCAAGCUAAAGUUAUAGAUAUUACAUCCGUUACAUAUUUAAUAUUAGACGAAGCGGACCGUAUGCUGGAUAUGGGUUUCGAGCCACAGAUUCGAAAAGUUCUACUUGACAUACGCCCUGACAGGCAGACCGUCAUGACUAGUGCCACCUGGCCGCCAUGUGUUAGUAGAUUGGCCGAAACCUAUAUGAACAAUCCUAUACAGGUAUGGGUUGGCUCACUUGAUUUAACUGCUACUCAUUCUGUGAGUCAAAAGGUAGAACUCGUGGAUGAUGCGAACAAAUUUAAUACGGUUCUGGCGUUUUUAAAAAACCUUAAAUCAAGCGAUAAAGUUAUUAUCUUCUGUUCUAAACGAGCUCGUGCUGACGAUUUGUCUAGUGAUUUAUCUCUGAAAGGCCUGUUAACACAAUGUAUACAUGGUUCUCGUGAUCAGGCCGAUCGAGAACAAGCACUGGCUGAUCUGACCUCAGGUGACAUACAAAUUUUAAUAGCAACAGACGUUGCUUCAAGAGGUUUAGAUGUUGAAGACAUCACUCAUGUUAUUAAUUUUGAUUUUCCGCGUAACAUUGAGGAGUAUGUUCAUCGUGUUGGUAGAACUGGACGCGCUGGGCGAACCGGCACUGCCAUAAGUUAUAUAACACGCUCGGAUUGGGGUAUUGCGAAGGAUCUCAUUCGUAUUUUGGAAGAAGCUAGCCAAGCAGUUCCAAAACAACUAUACGAAAUGUCCAAUCGCUUUGACGAGAUGAAAAAAAGGCGUGGUAGAGAUUUUAAAAUGGGUAGUGAUUUCAAUUCUGCUAACAUUAAAAUGGAUGAUUUAGAAAUAAUGUGGGAUGAAACUCCACCUGAAAGGAACGUGUAUGGAGUUUUAAGUGCAAACAUGUAUAAUUUUAAUCAGAAAAAUCAGAAAAAUAAGAAUAAAAAUGUUUCAUCUCAAAAACACGAAGUUUCUCACAAUCUCAAAGUUGAAUUUAAAAACAAUUCAUUGAAUCGUUUUAGUGCUUCUUCCAGAAAUGAUGAACUGCAGGUUGCAACUCCGGAAUCUGGAGAAAAUGGCGGAAAUAGAUUAAAUUUACCUACAAAAAAUUUAUGUAUUGGUGGCACUGAAAAGAAGGAAGUAUUGCAGCCCAUCGAUUGGGAAACUCUAAAUAGAAAUGUUGAAGAAUAUAAAAGGUUACAGUGGGCGCAUCUUCCAAAGCUGAGAAAAAAUUUUUAUCAAGAAGCCGAGGAAAUCGCUAUUAUGACAGAGGAAGAAGUCAAUGAAAUGCGUUUAGUAAACAACAAUAUAAUGGUUUCACGUUUGAAAACAAGUGAAGACCAAUUGUGUCUUGAUAUACCAAAACCUAUUUACAAAUUCGAACACUCUUUCAAAGAUUAUCCUGAUAUACUUGAUGAGUUGAAGAAACAAAACUUUACGGAACCAUCACCUAUACAAAAGCAAGCAUGGCCUAUAUUAUUGAGAGGCGAGGAUAUGAUAGGUAUUGCUCAAACAGGAACUGGAAAAACUUUAGCAUUUCUGCUUCCUGCCUUGAUUCAUACUGAUGGACAGACUACACCACGUACGGAACGCAAUGGUCCAAAUAUAUUAAUUUUAGCUCCAACACGCGAAUUAGCACAGCAAAUAGCAAAAGAAGUUAAUAAGUACUCGUUCCGUGGAAUAAAAGCUGUAUGCAUUUAUGGUGGUGGAAGUCGUCGUGAGCAGAUCAGAGAUUUCAAAGAAGGAGCUGAAUGCAUAAUUUGCACCCCUGGACGUCUUAAUGAUUUGGUUCAAGCUAAAGUUAUAGAUAUUACAUCCGUUACAUAUUUAAUAUUAGACGAAGCGGACCGUAUGCUGGAUAUGGGUUUCGAGCCACAGAUUCGAAAAGUUCUACUUGACAUACGCCCUGACAGGCAGACCGUCAUGACUAGUGCCACCUGGCCGCCAUGUGUUAGUAGAUUGGCCGAAACCUAUAUGAACAAUCCUAUACAGGUAUGGGUUGGCUCACUUGAUUUAACUGCUACUCAUUCUGUGAGUCAAAAGGUAGAACUCGUGGAUGAUGCGAACAAAUUUAAUACGGUUCUGGCGUUUUUAAAAAACCUUAAAUCAAGCGAUAAAGUUAUUAUCUUCUGUUCUAAACGAGCUCGUGCUGACGAUUUGUCUAGUGAUUUAUCUCUGAAAGGCCUGUUAACACAAUGUAUACAUGGUUCUCGUGAUCAGGCCGAUCGAGAACAAGCACUGGCUGAUCUGACCUCAGGUGACAUACAAAUUUUAAUAGCAACAGACGUUGCUUCAAGAGGUUUAGAUGUUGAAGACAUCACUCAUGUUAUUAAUUUUGAUUUUCCGCGUAACAUUGAGGAGUAUGUUCAUCGUGUUGGUAGAACUGGACGCGCUGGGCGAACCGGCACUGCUAUAAGUUAUAUAACACGCUCGGAUUGGGGUAUUGCGAAGGAUCUCAUUCGUAUUUUGGAAGAAGCUAGCCAAGCAGUUCCAAAACAACUAUACGAAAUGUCCAAUCGCUUUGACGAGAUGAAAAAAAGACGUGGUAGGGAUUUUAAAAUGGGUAGUGAUUUCAAUUCUGCUAACAUUAAAAUGGAUGAUUUGGAAAUAAUGUGGGAUGAAACUCCACCUGAAAAGAACGUGUAUGGAGUGUUAAAUGCAAACAUGUAUAAUUCUAAUGAUAUUAUAGAGAAAUUUCCUACUGACCAUGCUAACAUUGGUGCCAUAAUUGGGCGAGACGGCUCUAAAAUAAAAAGCAUUAAAACAAAGUUCAACGUCAAUGUACAUAUAAAUAGUGACACUAAUACAGUUACUGUCAAAGGUCGUAAUAGAAAAAAUGUUGAUGAUGCAGUGAAAUAUAUCCAGGACAUCAAAAAACGCUCUGGUCAGAAAAAUAAAAAUAAAAAUGUUUCAUCUCAAAAUCAGGAAGUUUCUCACAAUCUCAAAGUUGAAUUUAAAAACAAUUCAUUGAAUCGUUUUAGUGCUUCUUUCAGAAAUGAUGAACUGCAGGUUGCAACUCCGGAAUCUGGAGAAAAUGGCGAAAAUAGAUUAAAUCUACCUACAAAAAAUUUAUGUAUUGGUGGUACUGAAAAGAAGGAAGUAUUGCAGCCCAUCGAUUGGGAAACUCUAAAUAGAAAUGUUGAAGAAUAUAAAAGGUUACAGUGGGCGCAUCUUCCAAAGCUGAGAAAAAAUUUUUAUCAAGAAGCCGAGGAAAUCGCUAUUAUGACAGAGGAAGAAGUCAAUGAAAUGCGUUUAGUAAACAACAAUAUAAUGGUUUCACGUUUGAAAACAAGUGAAGACCAAUUGUGUCUUGAUAUACCAAAACCUAUUUACAAAUUCGAACACUCUUUCAAAGAUUAUCCUGAUAUACUUGAUGAGUUGAAGAAACAAAACUUUCGGGAACCAUCACCUAUACAAAAGCAAGCAUGGCCUAUAUUAUUGAGAGGCGAGGAUAUGAUAGGUAUUGCUCAAACAGGAACUGGAAAAACUUUAGCAUUUCUGCUUCCUGCCUUGAUUCAUACUGAUGGACAGACUACACCACGUACGGAACGCAAUGGUCCAAAUAUAUUAAUUUUAGCUCCAACACGCGAAUUAGCACAGCAAAUAGCAAAAGAAGUUAAUAAGUACUCGUUCCGUGGAAUAAAAGCUGUAUGCAUUUAUGGUGGUGGAAGUCGUCGUGAGCAGAUCAGAGAUUUCAAAGAAGGAGCUGAAUGCAUAAUUUGCACCCCUGGACGUCUUAAUGAUUUGGUUCAAGCUAAAGUUAUAGAUAUUACAUCCGUUACAUAUUUAAUAUUAGACGAAGCGGACCGUAUGCUGGAUAUGGGUUUCGAGCCACAGAUUCGAAAAGUUCUACUUGACAUACGCCCUGACAGGCAGACCGUCAUGACUAGUGCCACCUGGCCGCCAUGUGUUAGUAGAUUGGCCGAAACCUAUAUGAACAAUCCUAUACAGGUAUGGGUUGGCUCACUUGAUUUAACUGCUACUCAUUCUGUGAGUCAAAAGGUAGAACUCGUGGAUGAUGCGAACAAAUUUAAUACGGUUCUGGCGUUUUUAAAAAACCUUAAAUCAAGCGAUAAAGUUAUUAUCUUCUGUUCUAAACGAGCUCGUGCUGACGAUUUGUCUAGUGAUUUAUCUCUGAAAGGCCUGUUAACACAAUGUAUACAUGGUUCUCGUGAUCAGGCCGAUCGAGAACAAGCACUGGCUGAUCUGACCUCAGGUGACAUACAAAUUUUAAUAGCAACAGACGUUGCUUCAAGAGGUUUAGAUGUUGAAGACAUCACUCAUGUUAUUAAUUUUGAUUUUCCGCGUAACAUUGAGGAGUAUGUUCAUCGUGUUGGUAGAACUGGACGCGCUGGGCGAACCGGCACUGCCAUAAGUUAUAUAACACGCUCGGAUUGGGGUAUUGCGAAGGAUCUCAUUCGUAUUUUGGAAGAAGCUAGCCAAGCAGUUCCAAAACAACUAUACGAAAUGUCCAAUCGCUUUGACGAGAUGAAAAAAAGGCGUGGUAGAGAUUUUAAAAUGGGUAGUGAUUUCAAUUCUGCUAACAUUAAAAUGGAUGAUUUAGAAAUAAUGUGGGAUGAAACUCCACCUGAAAGGAACGUGUAUGGAGUUUUAAGUGCAAACAUGUAUAAUUUUAAUCAGAAAAAUCAGAAAAAUAAGAAUAAAAAUGUUUCAUCUCAAAAACACGAAGUUUCUCACAAUCUCAAAGUUGAAUUUAAAAACAAUUCAUUGAAUCGUUUUAGUGCUUCUUCCAGAAAUGAUGAACUGCAGGUUGCAACUCCGGAAUCUGGAGAAAAUGGCGGAAAUAGAUUAAAUUUACCUACAAAAAAUUUAUGUAUUGGUGGCACUGAAAAGAAGGAAGUAUUGCAGCCCAUCGAUUGGGAAACUCUAAAUAGAAAUGUUGAAGAAUAUAAAAGGUUACAGUGGGCGCAUCUUCCAAAGCUGAGAAAAAAUUUUUAUCAAGAAGCCGAGGAAAUCGCUAUUAUGACAGAGGAAGAAGUCAAUGAAAUGCGUUUAGUAAACAACAAUAUAAUGGUUUCACGUUUGAAAACAAGUGAAGACCAAUUGUGUCUUGAUAUACCAAAACCUAUUUACAAAUUCGAACACUCUUUCAAAGAUUAUCCUGAUAUACUUGAUGAGUUGAAGAAACAAAACUUUACGGAACCAUCACCUAUACAAAAGCAAGCAUGGCCUAUAUUAUUGAGAGGCGAGGAUAUGAUAGGUAUUGCUCAAACAGGAACUGGAAAAACUUUAGCAUUUCUGCUUCCUGCCUUGAUUCAUACUGAUGGACAGACUACACCACGUACGGAACGCAAUGGUCCAAAUAUAUUAAUUUUAGCUCCAACACGCGAAUUAGCACAGCAAAUAGCAAAAGAAGUUAAUAAGUACUCGUUCCGUGGAAUAAAAGCUGUAUGCAUUUAUGGUGGUGGAAGUCGUCGUGAGCAGAUCAGAGAUUUCAAAGAAGGAGCUGAAUGCAUAAUUUGCACCCCUGGACGUCUUAAUGAUUUGGUUCAAGCUAAAGUUAUAGAUAUUACAUCCGUUACAUAUUUAAUAUUAGACGAAGCGGACCGUAUGCUGGAUAUGGGUUUCGAGCCACAGAUUCGAAAAGUUCUACUUGACAUACGCCCUGACAGGCAGACCGUCAUGACUAGUGCCACCUGGCCGCCAUGUGUUAGUAGAUUGGCCGAAACCUAUAUGAACAAUCCUAUACAGGUAUGGGUUGGCUCACUUGAUUUAACUGCUACUCAUUCUGUGAGUCAAAAGGUAGAACUCGUGGAUGAUGCGAACAAAUUUAAUACGGUUCUGGCGUUUUUAAAAAACCUUAAAUCAAGCGAUAAAGUUAUUAUCUUCUGUUCUAAACGAGCUCGUGCUGACGAUUUGUCUAGUGAUUUAUCUCUGAAAGGCCUGUUAACACAAUGUAUACAUGGUUCUCGUGAUCAGGCCGAUCGAGAACAAGCACUGGCUGAUCUGACCUCAGGUGACAUACAAAUUUUAAUAGCAACAGACGUUGCUUCAAGAGGUUUAGAUGUUGAAGACAUCACUCAUGUUAUUAAUUUUGAUUUUCCGCGUAACAUUGAGGAGUAUGUUCAUCGUGUUGGUAGAACUGGACGCGCUGGGCGAACCGGCACUGCCAUAAGUUAUAUAACACGCUCGGAUUGGGGUAUUGCGAAGGAUCUCAUUCGUAUUUUGGAAGAAGCUAGCCAAGCAGUUCCAAAAGAACUAUACGAAAUGUCCAAUCGCUUUGACGAGAUGAAAAAAAGACGUGAUAGAGAUUUUAAAAUGGGUAGUCAUUUUAAUGCUUUUUUAUAAACACAGUACACCGUAGGGGUACUCACUUUUAAGAUUGACUUAGUAACAGUUAAUUUAGUAACUUGACAACAGCAUUGUAUGUUGUUUUUUAAAUUACAUCGUAAAUAA